CCCUCCCUCGCCCGCGCCUCCCGGACGGAACCGAUCGCGGCUGGUUUGAGCUGGUGCGUCUCCAUGACGACGUGCUCAGCGUAUAAGUAGCGGAGCGGCGCGCCGUCGGGCUUUGUCAGUCCCUGCAGCGGCCGCCGCCGUCCGCCCGCCCUCAGCCAGCAGCUCGGCGCCACCUCGGGCCGGCGUCUGCGGCGGGCUCGAAGAGGCGGCUGACGGGGCGGCGGCGAGCGGCCGGACGCUCCUCGAAGUUCGGCGGCGGCGGCAGCGGCGUCUCCAUGGGGCUGGCCGUGGGCGUCGGUGCGCUGUGAGACUGCUUCCACCACUCUAAGGAGACAGCGCUCAGAGUUCCUGGAUAGCUGGCCUGGUGAGGAGCUGGCAAUAAUUUAAUUCCAUCUCUAGUUUUUUUUUGUGUGUAAGCACAUCGAGAACCAUGAACAACUUUAAGAAGGAGGAGUUUGACUGUCACAUCCUUGAUGAAGGAUUUACAGCUAAGGACAUUCUGGACCAAAAAAUUAAUGAAGUUUCUUCCUCUGAUGACAAGGAUGCUUUCUAUGUUGCGGACCUGGGAGACAUCCUGAAGAAACAUCUAAGAUGGCUAAAAGCUCUUCCCCGCGUCACUCCCUUUUAUGCAGUCAAAAGUAAUGACAGCAGAGCCAUAGUGAACACCCUAGCUGCAGUCGGGACAGGCUUUGACUGUGCAAGCAAGACUGAAAUCCAGUUGGUGCAGGGGCUUGGGGUGCCUCCAGAGAGGAUUAUCUAUGCAAAUCCUUGUAAACAAGUGUCUCAGAUCAAGUAUGCUGCCAGCAGUGGAGUCCAGAUGAUGACAUUCGACAGCGAGAUUGAGCUGAUGAAGGUCGCCAGAGCACAUCCAAAGGCAAAGUUGGUUUUGCGGAUUGCCACCGAUGAUUCCAAAGCAGUUUGUCGCCUCAGUGUUAAGUUUGGUGCCACACUCAAAACCAGCAGACUUCUCUUGGAACGGGCAAAAGAACUAAAUAUUGAUGUCAUUGGUGUCAGCUUCCAUGUGGGGAGUGGAUGUACUGAUCCUGAGACCUUCGUGCAAGCCCUGUCGGAUGCCCGCUGUGUCUUUGAUAUGGGAACAGAAGUUGGUUUCAGCAUGUAUCUGCUUGAUAUUGGUGGUGGCUUUCCUGGAUCUGAGGAUACAAAGCUUAAAUUUGAAGAGAUCACCAGUGUGAUCAACCCAGCUCUGGACAAGUACUUCCCCCCAGACUCUGGGGUAAGAGUCAUAGCCGAGCCAGGCAGAUACUAUGUUGCAUCAGCUUUCACACUGGCAGUCAAUAUCAUUGCCAAAAAAAUGGUAUGGAAGGAACAGACUGGCUCUGACGAUGAAGAUGAGUCAAACGAGCAAACCUUCAUGUAUUAUGUGAAUGACGGCGUCUAUGGAUCAUUUAACUGCAUUCUGUAUGACCAUGCACAUGUGAAGGCCCUGCUGCCGAAGAGACCCAAGCCAGAUGAGAAGUAUUACCCGUCCAGCAUCUGGGGACCAACGUGUGAUGGCCUUGAUCGGAUCGUCGAGCGCUGUAACCUGCCUGAAAUGCAUGUGGGUGAUUGGAUGCUCUUUGAGAACAUGGGUGCAUACACUGUUGCUGCUGCGUCUACUUUCAAUGGGUUCCAGAGGCCUUCUAUCUACUACGUAAUGUCGAGGCCAAUGUGGCAACUCAUGAAGCAGAUCCAGAGCCAUGGCUUCCCACCAGAAGUGGAGGAGCAGGAUGUUGGCACUCUGCCCAUGUCUUGUGCCCAGGAGAGCGGGAUGGACCGUCACCCAGCAGCCUGUGCUUCCACUAGUAUCAAUGUGUAGAUGCCAUUCUUGUAGCUCUUACCUGCAAGUUUAGCUUGAAUUAAGGGAUCUGGGGGGACCAUUUAACUUAAUUACCGCUAGUUUUGGAAUGUCUUUGUAAGAUUAGGAUUGGCACGGAUGCAGUGUGGAAUGCUAGGAGAUGGGUCACACUUACCUGUGUUCCUAUGGAAACUUUGAAUAUUUGUUUUAUAUGGAUUUUUAUCACUUUUUAGACAUGAUACUAACGUGUGCCCCUCAGCUGCUAAGCAAGCAUUUGUAGCUUGUACAUUUGGCAGAAUGGGCCAAAAGCUAAUGUUGUGACCCAUUUUGGAAAUAAACUGUCUUGAAAUAAUUGGGCAUCAGGGAAUGUUUCCAAGUUUCCCUUAAAGAAGGUGCACACUUCCUGCACAGGCUGCUGUAGUCACAGCAUAGCAGAGAAGGAAAGGGUGGAUGGGAUGAGGCCACACCCUCUAUACGCAGCAUGAGUCUGCUUAGCCAGCCCUGAGUGUGUGUACCUGGCUGUGAAGUCGGUGCCCAGAACCUGUUGGUGAGGAAUGUCAUCCGUCUGACCUGAUGUCCUGGCCACAUCCCAGGCUCUUUGAACCUUGCCUGCAGAAACCCGGAAUGUUCCUCAACCCUUGGCUUGGCCUGCAUCACCACCUAGUAACAACUUGGAAGUAUCAUACAACCAACUUCCUGUAAUAAAUUCAACAGCAACUAC